AUGGCCAUCUUAUGUGAAAGCUGCAGCAGGCCAAUCAAGAUAGAGAACUGCAACUCCAGGUGUACAUCUGCCUGCAGGUGGGAGUCCAGGGCCCCAAAGACUUUCAGGUCAACUAAAGGUGCUUCUAAGGCUCGCCGGGAUCAGAUCAAUGCCGAGCUGCAGAAUCUGCGCUCCCUGCUGCCCAUCUCAGUGCAAGAGAAGGAACGCCUCUCAUAUCUUCACACCAUGGCACUGGUCUGCCUCUACAUACGAGAGGCUCAGCUCUUUCCUCCAGGUUCACGAGAUUGGAUGGGAGGAGCCCCUGCUGCUGCAGUAGUAGAUCCAGAACUGCUGCUUUCUCUCCCAGGGUUUAUCCUCGCUCUCAAUGCAUAUGGCAAAUUGGCUUACAUCUCUGAGAAUGUCUCCAAUUUCCUUGGUUUCUCUGUGGUAGAACUCUUAGCCCACGGUGACUCCAUCUUUGACCUUUUGAACGGCGCUGCAAGCAGGACCAUGCAGGAGAAGCUCUGCUUUGCUCAGCAGCACCCAGGCACUGAAAUUGAGGUCAUCACUGAAAUGCGCACCUCAAGAGCCUUGCGGGCAAGAUAUGGACAGAGCUGUUCUGUGGCCUUGAGGGGCAGAUUUAUAUCACUUGACCAGCAAUUGACUUCCUCAUCUCCCAUUUUGACUUUUGUUGCUUUUUGCACACCGGUUGCACAUCUGCCUGAAGACGGAGAUCAUAUUUCCCAGAAGCUGUCAUUCCACACCCAGCACACACUGGAUAUGAAGAUUACAGAGGUUUCUGAAAGUGUUAUUUACCAUCUUGGUUAUCACAAAGAAGAACUGAUCAACCAGUCUUGGUACAGCCUCCUGCAUCCUGAAGAUGUUUGCAGAGCUGCAGAGCUGCACAGGGCCCUGGUACAUGGCUUUGAGAAACGUAAUCAGCAUGCUGUAGUCCGUGUGCUCUGCAAGGAUCUGAGCUGGGCUUGGGUGGAAGUCAUUGCAUCGAGAGACAAUGGAAAGGCAGAACUGGUCAUUUGCACCAACCAUAUCCUCAGUGCGGAAGAAGCCCUGCAUAUCCAGAGCCAAAAGCCAUCGCCUGCAACAUCCCCCCCAGCUACUCCGGGACACUGUACCAGAGUAACAGAACAGCAGACACAGCCAAAUGGAAUUAGCAUUUUCCCUCAAGAGCCAGUGAUGCCCACGGAUGGGACACUCAAGUUCAAUCACUGCCAGAUUCUUGAUGCUUGUGCAGAGAAAAUGCUCCCAGCUCCCCACCAGCCUCCAUUUCCAACCAGUUUCCCUACCCACAAUUCAGCCAACUUGCAUCCCCCGCAAGAAACUGGAUCUUCUCUUUUCCUUGCUGAUUGGCGAAAGAAUCUCUCCUGCACAGACAGAGCCAAGAAGCUGCCCUCCUGGAGCCCUUGUGCUCUCUGCUCCCCAGACAGUACAUUUUCUCCUGCCAGCAGCCCUUCUGCAGACUUUUCUCCAUUACCUCCACCAUCAGAAGCGUUCCCAGCAAUGGAUACAGGUUCUGACCCAGACAGAUGGGCUGUCAGUGUGUUGGCUGAUCAAAUCCACUCCUUGGCUGAAAUGUUCUCUCAGUACACAAAGCAGAUACCCCAGGAUAUUCUUCCCAGCGUUCCCCUGUGGCCUUCUCAGCCUCUUGAGAACUCUCAGAUGGGACUUAGGCAGGACCAGGGGACUCACAGAGCUCUAGAUGGGAUGGAAGAUAUUUCUGUGGAUGAAGAAAUCAUCACAACUAUCCUAAACAACCUCCUGGACAAUGGCAGCUUGAACCUGUCCGGUUCUGAGCUGGGAUCAGCAGGCAGCUUUGACAUAUCAGAGUCUGAAUUCCAACCUUCUUUACUCCAGACACCCCUAACGGAAGCAACCCCUUGCCGCAGCAAACGCCUCUUCCUGCAGCCCUUGUCUGCAUCGGCGGAUUCUCAUGUGCCUGAUUCUCAGUGGGAUGCAAGAUUUCAUAUUAGGUUUCAGCCAGGUGCCCUUCCAGAGGAGGCCCUGUUCUCCUGA